AGUAAUAUCGAAGCUAUUGAUUAAUAACAAUAAGAAUUUUGCACAAACUUGUAGGCCGCAGUUUCUGCAAAUUCGCAGCCAGCAUGGACAUGAUAAACAAAUUUUAUUCGACAGCCGUGCAGACGGUGUCCACUCUGUCCGGCGUACUGCCCGGAAAUAACGUUACUCGGGAGUAUGAGGUGCUGGAACAGGUGUGCACCGCCGGAGUGGGUCUCAUGUGGAAGGUGUACAAUGGCUACAAGAAGAGCACCAAGCAAGAGGUGUCCGUGUUCGUUUUCGAGAAGAAAUCCCUUGAGCGUUGGUCCAAGGAUGACAGGGAAACCAUGCUGGAAACGCUGCGCAGGGGCGUGCAACAGUUGACCAAAAUCCGUCAUCCACAUGUGCUCACUGUGCAGCAUCCGCUGGAGGAGAGCCGAGACUCUCUGGCCUUUGCCACGGAGCCCGUGUUCGCCUCGCUGGCGAAUGUCGUUGGCGACAAUGUGCGCUCUGAGAAGAAGCUGUACGACGUGGAGAUCCGUCAUGGCCUGCUGCAGCUGUUCGAUGGCCUGCAGUUCCUCCACCAAGACGCCAAGAUCGUGCACCGCAACAUAUCCGCCGAGACUAUCGUGAUUAACAAGAACCGCAGCUGGAAGCUAUUUGGAUUUGACUUUUGCAUCGCCAACCAGCCAGCGACGGACGGAACGCCGAACUGGCCCUUCCGGGAGUACACUACCUCGUUGCAUGUUCUGGCGCAGCCCAGCCUGGAGUAUACGGCUCCGGAGGUGGCCUUGAAUAGUAUCAACACUCCCGACAGUGAUCUCUUCUCGUUGGGCGUGCUCAUCUUUACCAUAUAUUCCGGCAAGCCGCUCAAGAUGUUUGGGAGCGAUUACAGUGGCUUUCGGCGCUAUGCCAACGAUCUCAACCAGCGGAAAUAUCCACCCAUGAACGCGGUUCCCGGCGAGUUAACCGAGAGCCUCAAGGCGCUACUGCAUCCCAGUGCAGGUCUGCGGCCAAAGCUGCACGAGCUCAAGCAGAUCGCCUACUUCCAGGAUGUGGGCGUUAAGACUCUUAGCUAUUUGGACUCGCUGUAUCAGUGGGACAAUCUGCAGAAAUCCAAGUUCUACAAGGGACUGCCCCAGAUCAUUCCGACGCUGCCGCACCGUGUUAAUCUCCACUCGAUCCUUCCUUACCUGGUCAAAGAGUUUGUUAACUCGCCGAUGAUCCCCUUUGUGCUGCCAAAUGUGCUGCUUAUCGCAGAAAUGAGCAGCCAGCGAGAGUACUGCGACCACAUCCUGCCGCAUCUGAAGCCCAUCUUCAAGCUAACGGAUCCCAUACAGAUUCUGUUGAUUUUCAUGCAAAAGAUGGAUCUUUUAUUGAAGCUAACGCCCGCCGAAGAGGUCAAGCAGAGUGUGCUGCCGCUACUGUAUCGCUCCCUGGAGUGCGAUAUGCCCCAGAUUCAGGAUCUCUGCCUAGCGGUGCUACCCACCUUCUCCACCCUGAUCGACUACAACGCCAUGAAGAACUCGGUUCUGCCGCGCAUCAAGAAACUGUGCCUGCAGAGCAGCAAUGUGUCGGUGAAGGUCAACUGCCUGAUAUCCAUUGGAAAGCUGUUGGAGAACCUGGACAAGUGGUUGGUGCUAGAUGAGAUCCUGCCCUUUCUGCAGCAGAUUCAGAGCCGAGAGCCAGCCAUCAUCAUGGGCAUUAUAGGAAUCUACAAAAUUGCUAUGACCAACACCAAGCUGGGCAUAACCAAGGAUGUGAUGGCACAUAAAUGCAUUCCCUACCUAGUGCCCUUAAGUGUCGAGAACGGCCUGACUAUAGCUCAAUUCAAUACGAUCAUAGGCCUCAUCAAGGAAAUGCUCGGCCGGGUGGAGCAGGAGCAGCGCGAGAAGUUGCAGCAACUGUCCACCAUUCAGAGAGACAAUAAACCCAAAGAUGCUUCCGAAAUAUUGGCCAAUGAGCUGGACACCAGUUCUGCCCUCUCGCCCACUGGUGGAGCCAACAAUGGCAACAAGAUCAACGAUGACAUGUUCUCGGGCUUCACUGUGGGCCAACCGAAGGCAGGAAAUGCCGCUCCCAUAGCACCCGUCAAAGCCAAAGAGCAGCUCAAAAUAACGCACAACACCAUGUCGGCGCAGUCAGCUGGCAGGCCAGACAUUCUCUCCUCGAUGAUGCAAAGCAACCUGACUGGCCUCGGAGCGACAGCAGUUACUAGUCCCACAUCUGCACCGGCACCCAUGCAGAUCAAUAAUGGCUGGCACAGUGCCAAUCCGUUGGUUAUGAACCACCAACUGGCCUCACCACAGGCCAGUAACAAUAAUUUCUCCUCCUUGGACAACCUGGAUCCCUUUGGCGGUGGUACAGGUGUCACGGCGACCGCCAAGCCAAACAAUACGAACGGUGCCAACACGUACACGCUGCAACAACCGACAGUUAACUAUAUUUAUCCAGCCGGCUACAGUCUGAACAGCAUCCAGCAACAUCAGCAGCAGCAACAGCAGCAGCAUCUGCUGGGCAAGCCCAGCCAGGCUCCAACGCUCCAGCCCCAGACACAGCCCCUGCUGCCGACAGAUAACCAGAACCUCAAUGCACUCUCCCAGCAGGACAUACUUAACUUUUUGAACUAAACGCAGUUGUAGCUAAUAACCACAUAUUCCAUAUAUCUGAUAGCAAGGCCAACUCCAUAUACACCAGGUUGCGUCGGAAUUUUAGAAGAAAAAAAUAACCAUAAAGCGGCAAAAACAGGAGAAUAUAGAAAGUUCUUCGAAAUUUCUGCUGAAGGAAAUAUCUAAAUAUUGUUUAGACUUGUCUAUACCUCAUGUUUUUGUCGCAGGGACUUUGACUUACCAUAUUCACAUAUAUACAUACCUAUAAAUAUAUAUAUAUAAAUUGAUAUGUACGAGGUGUGAUUGUCCUGUACGUGUGUGUGCUGCGUGUUUGUUAGAAAUGUUUUAAAUUAUAUUAUGUAGAUUUUAACACGAGUCCUUUGGCUCCUCGCUCGUUGCCACAUUCCGCAACCGAUAUCAAACGCAAAACGAAAUGAAUGCGUUUAGUUAAAAAUAGAAUAUGUAUUAUUAUUGUUAGCUAGACAAAAGAGCAAACUCGUGCAAUGGAUCCUUACUUAAAUAUAUAUUUUACAAAUUAUAUACAUAUUAUAAUUCAAAUC